AGCAGUAAUCCUCUUCUGUGCAGCUGCUUCCUCCCUCAUGUUCUCUCUUCUGCUCAAGGGCAAAUCGAGGUGCGCUUCUGGCUGCCGCCGCUGCGCACUGCUGCUGAAGACGGCGCAGCGUCCUCUGCGCUCUCCGCGGGCUCCCGGGACCUCUCGCCGUUUGCGAUGAAUGCAGAAGCCGCGCCGCGUGACAGGGGCCUGACCCGGCCCGGUUGCUCCUCGCACCUCUGGCAGCAAAGCGACAUGUCGACGUUUGCUGGGACGAGCGUUUGUUGAACUUUGGAUUCCGGGGGUCAACCGUCUCCGCUCGGGUCACUGGCAGUUUUCGGGUUGGAGAGGAGAUUGCGCGCGUCGACGUGAAGACAUGGAUGUUACGCGGAGGGCUUUGGUCGCUCUUCCCGCUGAGACCCUCAGAAUUUCACUGUGAAACGAUGCUUUAAAUCUCUGGAGUUUCGUAUAAUAAGUCAACUCUAGUACAGGACGAUCAGGAUGAAAAGAUGGCAGCCAUGCUGUUACCAACGGGUCCUGACGGCUUGCGGCGGUUCACUCGCGAAUCCCUGGCUGCCCUGGAGCGGCGGGUGGCGGAGGAGCAGGCCAAGAGCUCCAAGGAUUGCACCGAGGCUCAGAAGAACGCCGAGGCGGCCAAACCCCGCGCCGACCUGGAGGCGGGCAAGCAGCUGCCGCGCAUCUACGGCGAUGUCCCUCCAGAGCUCGUCGGCGUUCCCCUGGAGGACAUUGACCCCUUCUACUACAAGAACCAGAAGACUUUUAUAGUACUUAACAAGGGGAAAGCCAUCUUCAGAUUCAGCGCCACGUCUGCACUUUACAUACUAAGUCCAUUUCACUUCAUCAGAUCGAUUGCCAUAAAAAUCCUAGUCCAUGCGUUGUUUAGCUAUUUCAUAAUGUUCACCAUCCUGACCAACUGUUUCUUCAUGGCCAUGUCCGAUCCGCCAACAUGGACCAAAUACCUGGAGUACACCUUCACUGGCAUCUACACUUUCGAGUCAGCGAUCAAGAUUUUCGCGAGAGGGUUCUGCUUAGUGCCGUUCACCUUCCUGAGAGACCCGUGGAACUGGCUGGACUUCAUCGUCAUCAUCAUGGCGUAUGUCACCGAAUUUGUCGACCUUGGGAAUGUCUCUGCGUUAAGAACCUUCAGAGUCCUGAGAGCCCUGAAAACCAUCUCAGUCAUUCCAGGUCUGAAGACCAUUGUGGGCGCUCUGAUCCAGUCCGUGAGGAAGCUGGCCGACGUGAUGAUCCUGACCGUCUUCUGCCUCAGCGUGUUCGCCCUCAUCGGCCUGCAGCUCUUCAUGGGUCUCCUGCGGCAAAAGUGCGUCCGGAACCUCGAUCACUGCAUCAACUCCUCGUACACCCCCAACACCACCUUCGUCUGCAACAACCGGAGCUGGAGCUCGCCGGACGACUUUCUCACCCACGAGGAUAAUUUCUACAAAGUUGAAGGGCAGAAGGAUGCUUUAAUAUGUGGAUAUGGAAGCGAUGCAGGGAAGUGCCCGGAUGGAUUUGAUUGCCUCAAAGUGGGAAGAAAUCCAAACUACGACUACACCAGUUUUGAUACCUUCGGUUGGGCUUUUCUGGCACUUUUCCGACUCAUGACCCAAGACUAUUGGGAGGAGCUCUUUCACCAGACUCUGCGCUCAGCAGGGAAAACCUACAUGGUUUUCUUUGUGCUGGUGAUCUUCCUUGGCUCCUUCUACCUGGUGAACCUGAUCCUGGCCGUGGUGGCCAUGGCCUACGAGGAGCAGAACCAGGCCACCAUUGCUGAGGCCUGGCAGAAAGAGAGGGAGUUCCAACUGGCCAUGGAGCAUCUCAGACGAGAGCAAAGAUUGGCAGCCAAAAGACAAGCACAGGAGACGGACUCCAUUGUGUCGCCGGAGUUAUCGCCAUUCUGUCUAAAAGCAGGAAGUAUACGCCGCAGCAGCAGUAGAAGAAGAAGAUCUCACAGGACUCUUUCAGAGGAGACGGCAGCCGAAGCCGCUGAGGAGAGGCUGGAGCCAGUGGAUGAACUUGUGCCUCCUCUGUCCCCUCUGCCUGUCCACCCUCUGCUGGCCACGCUCUCCUCUCACCCCCUCAGCACCAGGAGAGCCAGCCAGAACAGCAUCUUCAGCUCCUUCCGCCCUCGCAACAACUCGGAGGCUGACUUCGCAGACGACGAGUACAGCGUCCACGGGGACGUCUUCAGGAGUCGCGCCGGUUCGACCGCAACGCCCUGGAAGAAGAGGACGGGCAGCGUUAGGAGCCACUGCUCCCAGGUGUUGACCCCCAGCCUCAACAUCAACGGACGACUCAGCGUCUUGCUGGACCAGAACGGCGUCGCCGCCAUGGGCCUGCUCACUCCGACGUGCAUGCCGGCUCACAGCAUGGAGAAGUUCAAGGAAGAAACACGGCCAUGCGGUGGAGUGGACGCCGCUCCCAGACCUCUGCUGCAGCCGUCGCCCAGCGUCACGGAGCGCUGCUCUGUGCGCAGGAAACGAGCUCACAGCUCCUUCAGCUUCUUCAGCGACGCCAUGGAGGAGCUGGAGGAAUCGAGGCAGAAGUGCCCCCCUUGCUGGUACGCCUUCGCCAAGAAGUAUUUGAUAUGGGACUGCUGCCCCUGGUGGCUGAAGCUAAAGGAGUGCGUGAAGUUCAUGGUGAUGGAUCCCUUCCUGGAUCUGGGGAUCACCAUAUGCAUCGUGCUGAACACCCUGUUCAUGGCUCUGGAGCAUUACCCCAUGACUGAGGAGUUCAACACCAUGCUGUCAGUGGGCAACCUGGUUUUCACAGGGAUCUUUACAGCUGAGAUGGUGCUGAAGCUCGUUGCCCUGGACCCCUAUCACUACUUCCAGCAGGGCUGGAACAUCUUCGACGGCGUCAUCGUCUGCCUCAGUCUGAUGGAGCUGGGCCUUUCCACCGUGGAGGGACUGUCUGUCCUGCGCUCUUUCAGGCUGCUGAGAGUGUUCAAGCUGGCAAAGUCCUGGCCUACUCUCAACACGCUCAUCAAGAUCAUUGGGAACUCCGUGGGCGCCCUGGGGAACCUGACGCUGGUGCUGGCCAUCAUUGUUUUCAUCUUCGCUGUGGUGGGCAUGCAGCUGUUUGGCAAGAACUACCAAGACUGUGUGUGUAAGAUCGCCUUUGACUGCCAGCUGCCCCGCUGGCACAUGAAGGACUUCUUCCACUCCUUCCUGAUCGUGUUCCGGGUGUUGUGCGGCGAGUGGAUCGAGACCAUGUGGGACUGCAUGGAAGUGGCCGGGCAGCCUCUCUGCAUCCUGGUGUUCAUGUUGGUCAUGGUCAUAGGGAACCUGGUGGUGCUGAAUCUGUUUCUUGCCCUGCUGCUCAGCUCCUUCAGCUCCGACAACCUCUCCGCUCCCGAAGAAGACGGCGACCUGAACAACAUCCAGGUCGCCAUCGGCCGCAUCCACACCGGCGCGUCGUGGCUCUGUGGGAGCAUCGUCGACCUCUUCAGACACGGCUUCAGGAGUCAAAAGCAGAAGGCCAAAGAGGCCGUUCAGGCUGAGCCGAUGGUCGGAAAUCACACAGAGAGCAACGGCGGGAUAAUCGGAAGCUGCGGAGAAAAGUACAUCCUUCCUGAGGAGGACAGUUAUAUGACCAACCCCAACCUGACCGUCGUGGUUCCCAUCGCUCCGGGAGAGUCUGACGUGGAGUUUCUGGAGGAGGAAAAUUCAGAGUCAUCAGAGGAUGAGGACAACAAACCGGAGAAGAUCAGCCUGUCGGAGGGCAGCACCGUGGACAUGAGGAAGCCUGGAGAGGAGGAAGACGACCUGUCGGAGCUGGAUGAUGACAGCAUGGAGCCGGAGGACUGCUUCCCAUACUUGUGUCUGAGGCACUGUCCGUGCUGCGACAUCGACACCAGCCGCGGCCUGGGCCAAGCCUGGUGGAGGCUGAGGAAGACCUGCUACCAGAUCGUGGAACACAGCUGGUUUGAGACCUUCAUCAUCUUCAUGAUCCUGCUCAGCAGCGGGGCUCUGGCGUUCGAAGACAUCUACAUCGAGAGGAGAAAAGUCAUCAAAGUCAUGCUAGAGUACGCCGACAAAGUCUUCUCCUACAUCUUUGUCCUGGAAAUGUUCCUCAAGUGGAUAGCAUAUGGCUUCAAGAAAUAUUUCACCAACUACUGGUGCUGGCUCGAUUUCCUCAUUGUGGAUGUGUCUCUGAUAAGCCUGGUUGCAAAUUCACUGGGAUAUUCGGACUUCUCUGCCAUCAAGUCACUGCGAACCCUGCGGGCCUUGAGGCCUCUCAGAGCGCUGUCCAGAUUUGAGGGCAUGAGGGUGGUGGUGAAUGCCCUCAUAGGAGCCAUCCCCUCCAUCAUGAACGUGCUUCUCGUGUGUCUCAUCUUCUGGCUCAUCUUCAGCAUCAUGGGAGUCAACCUGUUCGCCGGCAAGUUCGGGAAGUGCGUGAACAGAACGGGCUUCAUCCACAGCGUCUCUGUGGUCAACAACAAGUCCGACUGUCUCGCCAUGAAUGACACGCAGUUCUACUGGACAAAGGUGAAGGUCAACUUUGACAAUGUUGGACUUGGCUACCUUUCCCUUCUGCAAGUGGCGACGUUUAAAGGAUGGAUGGAAAUCAUGAACGCCGCCGUUGAUUCAAGAGGAGUGGAGGAGCAGCCCAGCAGAGAAAUCAACCUCUACAUGUACCUCUACUUCGUUGUCUUCAUCAUAUUCGGCUCUUUUUUCACCCUCAACCUUUUCAUCGGGGUCAUCAUUGACAAUUUCAAUCAGCAGAAGAGAAAGAUAAGUGGACAGGAUAUUUUCAUGACCGAGGAACAAAAGAAGUACUACAAUGCAAUGAAAAAGUUGGGUUCUAAGAAACCUCAAAAGCCAAUACCAAGGCCUGCGAACAUUCUCCAAGCCUUCUUCUUCGACCUGGUGUCCAAGCAAGCCUUCGACAUCAUGAUCAUGAUGCUCAUCAUCGUCAACAUGGUGACCAUGAUGGUGGAAACCGACGAGCAGUCGGAGCGAAUGGAGUCUGUUCUCAACAUCAUCAACCUGGUCUUCAUCGUCAUCUUCACAACCGAAUGCCUGAUUAAGCUCUUUGCUCUCCGUUGUUACUUCUUCACUGUUGCAUGGAACAUUUUUGACUUUGUGGUCAUCGUUCUCUCUAUAAUUGGGAUUGUCCUCGCUGAUAUCAUUGAGAAGUACUUUGUGUCUCCAACGCUGUUUCGAGUCAUCAGACUGGCCAGGAUAGGACGUGUACUUCGACUUAUCCGUGCGGCCAAAGGAAUAAGGACUUUACUGUUUGCCUUAAUGAUGUCCAUGCCAGCACUGUUCAACAUUGGCCUCCUGCUUUUUCUCGUAAUGUUCAUCUACGCCAUCUUUGGCAUGGCGAACUUUGCCUACGUGAAGAAGCAAGAUGGGAUCGAUGACAUGUUUAACUUUGAGACCUUUGGGAACAGUAUCAUCUGCCUUUUUCAGAUCAGCACCUCAGCAGGCUGGGACAACCUCCUGAGCCCCAUAAUGUCAAGCCCCCCAGAGGAGUGUGACGUCAACUUUGUCAACACUGGCACCAACGCCCGCGGAAACUGCGGGAACCCGUCGGUGGGCAUCGCUUUCUUCGUGAGCUACAUCAUCAUUUCCUUUCUCAUCGUGGUAAAUAUGUACAUAGCCAUCAUCCUGGAGAACUUCAGCGUCGCCACCGAGGAGAGCACAGAACCUCUGAGCGAGGAUGACUUCGAAAUGUUCUACGAGGUCUGGGAGAAGUUCGACUCCGAGGCCACGCAGUUCAUAGAGUUCUCGAUGCUGGAGAGAUUUGCCGAUGCGUUGUCGGAGCCGUUGCGGAUCGCGAAGCCCAACAAGAUCCAGCUGAUCUCCAUGGACCUUCCUAUGGUGAGCGGGGACAAGAUCCACUGCCUGGACAUCUUGUUUGCGUUCACAAAACGCGUACUGGGGGAGUCGGGUGACAUGGACACCCUCAAACAGCAGAUGGAGGAGAAGUUCAUGAUGACCAACCCAUCUAAUGUCUCCCACGAGCCCAUCACUUCCACGCUGCGCCACAAAAUGGAGGAGGUGUCUGCGGUCGUCAUCCAGAGAUGCUACCGGAGGCAUCUGGUGCGGCGGCAAAUGAAGCAGGCGUCUUACCUCUACAGACAAAUCAACUACGAGACGGCGGUGGAUGUGGACAACGCUCCAGAGACGGAGGGGCUCAUAGCUUCCAUGAUCCACCACUUCGCUCCUGUAGCGAUACAAGUCGAACAGGCGGCGGAGGACUCGCUGCUGUCCUCGCCGCCAUCUUACGAUAGCGUGACUUGGGGGGCCGGCGUAAGCCCCUCUGCUACAGUCAGAACCGCAUCCAGAGGCCCUGAAGCCAGGGACCCGACUGAAAACUAUGAGGAGACAUUCCUUUGAGACUGCAUCGAAUUGGUUGAGCAAUAAUUCAAUUCCAUUUUUUCUAAUGGUUUUAUAAGACGCAGAGGAUAUAUGCAAUUUUUUUAAAAGUACAGUGGCUCACAGGCUCCAUUUUAGUAGAAAGACAAUCCUGAGUUAAUGUAACCUUCACAUCGACAGUAGGUUCUAUAGUUAAUAUUUUUCAAAACGCCUCUGGGAAAGUUGUAGGGAUGUCUUUGGUUAAUCUUACGGUGAUAUGAGGGUCAGUAUUUAAAUUCCAAACUAUGUCAGAACAGUGAACCACCCCAUGCGCAGUUUUUACAUGCAAGUCCCAUUCUACUGUUUUAUACUCUACAGAAUAACUUAUCUGCACUUUAAUCAAAACUCUGGACGGUCAUGUUGUUGAUUGUAUUAAAAAGUAAGUUCUUUAAUUAAUGGCAGUCCUCCCAUUCAUUUGGCGCUCACAGAGCUGAGAUAUUAGAGCAUUUUCAAUGCAAAGCGCUUUAUGGUGCGUUUCUCCAUUUUGUUCACAUCUCCGUUGUUCGGUUGCCUUCUCCUUGGUUGCUGUGACUUGUAUGAGAUCCAAAAAUGUUUCAAGCUUUCGAGCACAUCUGUAUCAGCUAAGCGUAAAUGCUUUGUCAAAAAAUACGCGUCGUGAUCAAGUUCGCGUUUGCAUCUCUACAUUUUUUUUUCUCAGAUUUCUCACACCUUUGUGCAUCAGUAGAAUGUAGUUUUCAUCUCUGAGCAGAAGAUUUCACACAAGUCUAGACAAAAGCUGUAAAAUUAUCUAGGAUCACCCUUUAAGUCUACUGAAAUUAUUUUUGUAUGGCAAGUUUGAUUUACUUUUUGAUGAAUUAAUUUUAUUCAGGGUCUGGUCAGAGACACUGUGCAAAAAAAAAAAAAGAUAACGGCCUUUAAGCGUUUUUUUUAUUAUUUAUAAUUACAAAGAAAAUGACGAGAAAAAUGAUUUGGCUAGUAGUUUGUAUCAAUCUUUCCACAGAUCUCAGAUCAGACAAUAUCCAACAUUUUCAAACCAGUCUGGACCAAUAGCCGCUUCCACAUGUAGAGACUGUGCCUGCAGUGCAAGUGUAUUCAAACCCCCCUAAAAACAAAUGAAAGAGUUAAACCUACACCUUUUAACUUUUCUGCAACAAAAUAACACAAUGUAGCAUCUAAUUGUAAAGAGAAAGGAAAGAGAUGUCUUUAUUUUCGUUCAGUCCUUAAAUCUAACAUUUGUUGACUUAUCUAAUGCUGCAAUGGCAGCUUCCUGUCUUUCUCACGUCUACCAGGUUUCCAUCCUGCAUUUGAACAUCAUUUAGCUUCUCCUGUCAGAAAAGAUGGACACAUCCGACUUUCCUGAGCUACUUUGUGUUGCUCAAUCGUGUCAUAAAACCAGAUCAAAUAUAUUUUCGUCUGUGAUUGUGGCCGUUUCAUACUUCACCUGGAAACCCAAAUGUAUACUCUGGACAUCAAAAGUCAAAACAGGCUCAUAAGAGAAGCAGGAACAGAAUGAAGUGGUGUAAGGAUUCAAGGAUUUUUUUAUUUCAUUUUUUUGUCACACUACCUUGCUUGUUUUGUUGCGAAAUUCAAACUCAGGUCCCAGAUUAAGAAAUUUACUAUAAAACCCCAAACAGAUUAAUUUCUGUUAAAUGAAAAAGUAAGGCUAGUAUUUAAUAAUCUACACAAUACAACGCCAUCAAUAUCAAGCAACCUUUAAAUCCAAACAGUACCGUGAAGAUUGCUCAAAUUGUUUCUACUGUUUUUAAUAUGGGGUACAAAGGCAAAAGCCUUUAAAUAUUAUCUGAUAUUAUCUGAUUCCAGCCAAUGUUUAGAGUUGACUAAUGUCGACUUAAUGGUAUCAUUUUAGUAAAAUUAGAUAAUUGUUCCACGAUAAAGUUUAAUAAUUUAUGUUAAGGCUAAACAGAUGGAUAUUUAUCAAUAAAUAAAAUUCUUUUCUAGAAUUUCAGAUUUGACAUAUGCAGUUGAUCUAUUGUUUUCAGCUCUAAGAAAUAUUAUUUAUUUAGGUUAUUUUGUUAACUUCAAAAAUAUACAAAAAAUGAUGGUUGUUGUUUUUUUUUCCUUCUUCGGACUGGAAAAAGAAGCACAAUCCUAGCUGUGUAGUCAUCAUGCGUACAUCGGAGAACGGUGAAUUUUGUGAUAUUUACCACAUCGAUAAGCGAAGGAGUGUCUGCUGUUAGGCAGGGUCGCGUGUGCUGACGACCCCUGAUUCAUGUGCCUGAUUUUGACCGCUGCCCACGCACUCCUCUGGAUCUCUUUAGACUGCUUUAUUUGAUCAGAUGGGUGUGGAUUUUUGGAGUGAAGUGAAUGCACUGGAAGCAAAUUUUUAUAAGCUUGUGAAGAGGUUUAUGGAUAAUUUCUAGCUUUUUGUUUUUUUUUUUUUGUAAUGUGUUUCUAAUAAAAAAAAUUACAAAAAAAAACGGUGGUUCAUUAUGAGCAUACCUAGGUACAAUCAGAUGACGUAAAAAAUAAAAUAAAACUAGGCUCUCUCUUUUUUUGUAUGCAAUAUUUUAUCCUUCAGAAGAUGAUUGUCUGUAUCGCAUUCAUGAGAAGUUAUUCAUGGAUUGUUUU